UGACAAACGAUCAUCAUCACUGAACAGACAAAGUUAUAUAACUCUAUUUUAAAAUAACCUCCUGUCAAUAAAUCACAGUUCUUACUUCAGCUAAACACACUUCAAACUCAACGCAACACCCAUCCCAGACGACGUCACCAUGUCCGACCUCUAUGCCAAAGUCAACGACCACUAUUCCUCCCUCGCCCGCGAGGACACCGCCGCCAACGAGGAGCACAUCCGCAAAGUCGCCCUCUCCUUCGGCUACAACCCCGCCGACCUCAGCAGCAUUCCCGAUGGCGCCAACUUGGGUGUUAGCUGCGGAAACCCGCUUGCCAUCGCUGGGUUGAAAGAGGUGUUUCUCAGUGCUUCUGUCUCCUCAGCUGCUUUCUCAAGCCGUUUCCCCAAGCUCCUCCCGUCCCCACCCUACCUACGGCCCCACCCAUCUACUCCCUUGCUCGUCUUACAACCUCCGCAAAGCAUUGCCUACAAAAGACCCCAACAUGAGAAUACCAAAGCUAACAUACCCCAGGGCGAAACAGUCAUCGACCUCGGCAGCGGCGGCGGCUUCGACGUCUUCCAAGCCGCCCGUAAAGUCGGCCCAACCGGUAAAUCCAUCGGCGUAGACAUCAGCGAUGACAUGCUCGACCUCGCCAACAAGAACCUCUCCAAAUCCGACCUCAAAAACGUCUCCUUCGUCAAAGCCCCCAUCACUGCCAUAACCCUCCCCUCGGGUGACGCAGACUGCAUCAUCAGCAACUGCGUGAUCAACCUCGUCCCCGGUGCCGACAAGGCGCUUGUCUUCUCCGAGAUCUGGAGGUUGUUGAGGCCCGGGGGAAGGGUGGCGGUGAGUGAUAUUCUGGCGAGGAAGGAGUUGUCGCCGGAGUUGAAAGGGCAUUUGGGGUUGUAUGUGGGUUGUAUUAGUGGUGCGAGUUUGGUGGGGGAGUAUGAGGCGUGGUUGAGGGGUGUUGGGUUCCAGGAUGUGUUGAUUGUGGAUAAGAAGAGUGAUCUUAAUAUCUAUAAGGAGAGGACUGAUGCGGAGGAGAAAGGGUGCGGUGCGCCGGCGGUGGGGUCGUCAUCGUGCUGUGGGACGAAGAUCCCGAUCACGGAGAAGGAUGAUGUUGCGAACAUUGACUUCAACGAGUGGGUUGGUUCCUUCGAGGUGUAUGCGGUCAAGCCGGCCGAUGCCUAGAUGGAAGUGGAAUACUGUCGAGAUAUCGGCAGUGUGGUCUACAUUAACGAUUGAUGCCCAUUAAAUGCCUUCAUAUUCGAGAAAUGCCAAAUGAUGUCCAGUAACCAGACCCAUCGAUGCUGUG